CACAGACACUCAAUCUGUUCACAUAACCGGCUCAAAAUUUUUAAGAACUAGAGCUCCAAUAAAUAUAAUAGCCUGAGAAAUUGAGAAGAAACAAUAACUUAUCAGUACCUACCACAUCAACUGCCACCUGUCUCCGCCGUUCCGGCAAAACUCUGCAGCAGCGGCAACACUAGUACUGUGCACGAUAGGAUCGGUAUUCUGCUUGCAGGGCAUUCUCCUCCAGUGGUUGCUCCCCCAAAAUCCAUCAGCAAAGCAGAGGAAAAAAAGGAAACUACAGGGGCCUAAGAGCAAAUGGUCCCCGGGUCAAAUCCGGAACUCGCCGAGACCCCCACCCCCCGUGUCGACCCCGCAUUUCAAAUUUCCUCGCCCUCCCUUCCCUUCCGCCCCUUCUCCGGCCACCGCGAAAUACCUCGCCACCGCCGCCUCGGCCCCGCGCCGUGCCGUGCCGCCCCUCCUUGCGCGAGCGCCAUGGACAGCGACGACGAGGAGAUGCGCGAUGCCUCCUCCGCCCCCUUCUCCCCUGGCGGCGAAGGCGGGGAGGGGGGAUUCGAGGCGGAGGUGGAGGGGGUGGGCGAGGGCGUGAUGGUUAUGGAGGUGGCGUGGUUCCAGGUGGACCUGGACUACGAGUUCGACGCGCCCAGGUGGUUCGACCUCGCCCAGGAGGAGGCGCCGGUGGAGGCGGCGGCGGCGCAGCUGUGGUUCACCUCCACCCCAAGCUACCCGCCCUCGCCUUUAAUUGCUCGGAUGUUAGCCGAAGAUCUUGGAUUGCAAAGCUUAAGAAUCAUUGCAGAUACAGAUGUUGUGCAUUGUUCUACAACUUCUCAUGAAUGUUCCAGUGGUGCUGAACAAACAUUCCAUGGGAGUGAAGCACGGGGACUAUGUGAUGGAGUAUCAGAAAAUGAACGAAGACCUGGCAAUCGAACUACUAUGAGGGGCACUUCCUCGAGAGGCUCCACGCUGAUGAAGCCUACAGCCAGUCAAUUGGCCAGGCAAAACAGACAAGUGGGAGUGAAGAAUCUGAUGCAGAGUAAAAAGUCAGUGGGCGCGAGAAGUAAGAGGAGUACAAUGAGCUCGAACGAUUGCACUUACCAAUCUGCUAAAAGGCAGAGAUUAGAAAAUGGCCAUCUCAACAAGGCUGCUGCUACUCACCAGCUUGAGUUUAUUCAUAAAAAUCAUGAAAAGAAUGUUAUGAAUCGCAACAUUGAUCGUCCUAGUGGUCUACCCAAAUUGAAGGUUACAAUUCCUAGAGAACCUGAGUUGGCAACAAAGCUAAGAGCGGAGAGGUCAAGGGUUCUAAGAGCAGUGCCAGCUAAUUCAAAGCAGUUGAAUCAACGGGUUGCACCAUCUGCUUCUACCAUGCAAGUGACAUCAACAAGGAAGGUGGUUCAACCUUUUCGGGCUACUGAUAAUCAGCAUGCAAGUAGACAACACAAUGAUGUUGGGUCAAAUGUGCCAGCAUGUACAUCGAAUCGUGCAAGGCAUCUUAACAAUGUUGAUAAAAAGCCAGAAGAUUGCAGAGAUGACCUGUUUAAAUUUAAAGCUCGGCCUUUGGAUAGAAAGAUAUUAGCAAGCAAAGGUGAUGUUGGUGUAUUUCGAAGUGCAAAAAGGAAUACAACUGUGCCUAAGGAAUUCAACUUAUCAACAAGCAGGAAAGGCAAUCCGGCACCAUUAUCUGAACUCUUUAACAAGCUUUCUUUAACUGCUGGAGCACACCGUGGAAUAGACCGCCAGACCAGUGGCCUGCCAAAUUAUAUCACUACCAAGGAUUGCAAAGAGAACAUGAUUGGUAACAUGCAGUGCUAGCUCUGACCCAAGUCAAUCAAGAAAUACAAUAUACAGGAUUUCUCUUUUUCCAAUGACUGGUUCAGAUUCCCAUUUCUCCGCCUGCACAAAGGACUUACAAGGGAGCCCAUUGUCUCCUUCAUUUAACAAGAUGAAGCCAUAUAUUAUUUGACAUUGAGGCACCACCGCUGAGGUGCGCGUCCGGCAAUCUCCGGCAUUCGGAUAGUUGACCACUUGACCCUGGGAAUCAAACGUUGUUUCUUGUCUCAGCCUGUUACAUAGUUGUUGCUGCUGGGCAGCUUAACGUUAUCUCUUCAGCUGCCCAUAGCCAUGGCUGGGAUCCUUUUGUACAGCUAGAGAAACCAUAGCUCACCAAUCCUGCAUCCUGCCUUUCAACAUAUUGCCAUUAUCUGGCCAAAGCUGUUCGCUUCUUCCCCAUCGUAGUUGAGAAAUGGAAAUGAUUUGUGUCCAAAAUUUCCAGAUGCA